AAAGCCAUGUUGAGGGGGUGGAUAGAGCCCAUGUGCCUGGGAAGCUGGGCUGUGUCAGGGCGGGGCUGGGGACUCCACGCGCUUGUAUUACCGUGUCCUUCCCUAGAGACAGAGGCGGGGUAGAGGGAGGGUCCCGGGCCAGGGCCGGAGCGGCGGGCGGAGCCGAGUUGAGGGAAGCCGCUCCGGGAGCCCUCACCCCCGCGCUCGUCAGUGGUACCGGCCGAGGCAAGGACUCGCGGCUGCGGGGCUCGCGCCGCUGUCAGUGCGGCUGGGCGCGGAGCGGUGCGGGCGUAGGGUGGUUAGAGCUGAGAGAAGCUGAGGGGGCGGUAGCGGCGGCGGGGGCGACUCCCGCGCGUGUGCUCAGCUUCUCACCCCGCGGCCGGGUCCGCCCUCUUCCUUCCUCCCUCCCUUGUGCCCCCGAGUGCGGAGGCACCGCCUUCUUCCGUGCGCGCGGCUUCUUCCAGACCUCUCCGCGCGGGUGGGCACCAUGUCCUUGAAGAUUCAGACGAGCAACGUAACCAACAAGAAUGACCCCAAGUCCAUCAACUCUCGGGUCUUCAUCGGAAACCUCAACACAGCUGUGGUGAAGAAGUCAGAUGUGGAGACCAUCUUCUCCAAGUAUGGCCGUGUGGCCGGCUGUUCUGUGCACAAGGGCUAUGCCUUUGUCCAGUAUGCCAACGAGCGCCAUGCCCGGGCAGCUGUGCUGGGAGAGAAUGGGCGGGUGCUGGCCGGGCAGACCCUGGACAUCAACAUGGCUGGUGAGCCCAAGCCCAACAGACCCAAGGGGCUAAAGAGAGCAGCAUCUGCCAUUUACAGUGGCUACAGCUUUGACUAUGAUUACUACCGGGACGACUUCUAUGACAGGCUCUUCGACUAUCGGGGACGCCUGUCACCCGUUCCAGUGCCCAGGGCUGUCCCUGUGAAGCGACCCCGGGUCACAGUCCCUUUGGUCCGACGUGUCAAAACCACCAUACCUGUCAAGCUCUUUGCCCGCUCCACAGCCAUCACCACCAGCUCAGCCAAGAUCAAAUUAAAGAGCAGUGAACUGCAGACCAUCAAGACAGAGCUGACGCAGAUCAAGUCUAACAUCGACGCCCUGCUGGGCCGCUUGGAACAGAUUGCCGAGGAGCAGAAAGCCAACCCAGAUGGCAAGAAGAAGGGUGACAGUGGCAGUGGCAGUGGCGGCGGCGGCGGCAGUAGUGGUGGUAGCAGCCGGCCACCAGCCCCCCAAGAGGACACAGCUUCUGAGGCAGGCACGCCCCAGGGAGAAGCACAGGCUCGAGAUGACGGCGAUGAGGAAGGGCUGCUGACACACAGCGAGGAAGAGCUGGAGCACAGCCAAGACACAGAUGCGGAGGAAGGGGCCUUGCAGUAAGCAGCCUGACAGGAGUGAUGGCUACCGGCAGGACAAGGGCGUGCGCUGUACCAGACCUCAGGCUGGGCACCUACCCCUGGAUGCCACCCCAGCAGGUCCCAGAGGAGAGUUGGCAGCAGGCACCCCACGCAUCCCACAUCCUCUGCAGGUGGAGUUCUCGGCCUCCCCUCCUUAUGUACCCUCCCUGCUGUCACUGCCCAGGCCAGAGGGCAGAGCACCGAGGUUUCCCCACACUCUGCCUCCCCUCCCCAGGACAUUCCCAAGCUUGGGGUUUUUCUAUAGGUUUGGAGAGGGGGGGCCACAGGGAGGGGACCCUGACAAUAAAGAGAUUGGAUCCCAACUUG